UUAAACCUGCUGACAGCUUUGCCUUGCUUUCCUCAUGAUCCAUUCAUAAAUUAGUCAUUGCAAAUUCCUGAUGCUGGAGAGGAAGUGGCGUUUCUCGAAUUGUUAUUUUAGAGAGCAUUUGAAAGCCGUCAAACCCUAGCCAAAAAAAGAAAACAAUCAAAAACAAAGCAGAAGUCACUUCCUAUACCGUAGUGUUUCUAGACCAGGAAGCUGCAUUUCGGGUUAGACUGCACUUCUCGGGAGCAGUGGGGGCAGAUUACAAUACUUUAAAAUAAUCUGCAGCGGCUGCUUAUCCAGUAGUUGUAGCAGCAGCGGUUUAGCGGUUCGUCGAACUAAAUGGAACGGUGAACAUGGCUGCAAAGGACGAGCUAUACUCCAAAGUGACCCCCAGAAGAAUACGACAGAACAUCAAACCGGGAACUGUAAAACAUGGAUCAUCUUUAGACGUACUGUUAUCAAUGGGGUUUCCAAAAUCCAGGGCGCAGAAAGCUCUUGUGUCUACCGGAGGAAGGAGUGUGCAGGCAGCUUGUGAUUGGCUCUUCUCUCACAUCGAUGACCCCUUCCUGGACGACCCCCUCCCCAGGGAGUAUGUUUUGUAUCUGCGGCCCAGCGGCCCGCUCGCGCACAAGCUCUCCGAGUUCUGGCAGCAGUCGCGCAUGUCCUGCGGCAAGAACAAGGCGCACAACAUCUUUCCUCAUAUCACUCUCUGCCAGUUCUUCAUGUGUGCUGACAGCAAAGUGGAGGCUCUGUGUGAGGCCCUGCUCACCACAGUAACCCAGUGGAGGACUCGCUUCCCCAUCCCCCUGCCUCUGGAGCUCUACACAUCCUCCAACUUCAUCGGCCUCUUCGUGGAGGAGCAGUGCGCAGAGGUGCUGAAGACAUUCGCAGCCGACUUCGCCACGGAAGCAGCCAGCAAAGCAGACGUGCGCGUGGAGCCCCACAAGAAGCAGCUGCACGUCACCCUGGCUUAUCAGUUCCAAGCUAACCACCUGGCUGCCCUGGAGAAGCUGGCCAAAGGCAUUGACAUCAAUCUGGGCUGCGACUGGGUGGCAGUGCUCUUCUCCAGGGACAUUCGCUUCGCCAAUCACGAGACCCUGCGGGUGAUGUACCCCUACGCCCCUCAGAAUGAUGAUGAGCUGGAGCUGGUCCCGGGAGACUUCAUCUUCAUGUGUGUGAUGGAGCAGACCAGCACGAGCGAGGGCUGGAUCUAUGGCACGUCCCUGACCACAGGCUGCACCGGGCUGCUCCCUGAGAACUACAUCAUGAGGGCCGAUGAGUGUGACACCUGGGUCUUCCACGGGUCCCACUCCUUCCAGAACGCAGCCUCCCCGAGGGGGUGCGAUGGAGCCCUUGAUGGCAGGCUGCAGGAGGAGCAUGGUCCAGGAGAGUCCCCCACCCUCAGUGUCAUCUGCCAGCCCAUGCAGGUGCUGCAAGUAAAUUCCACUCCCCGCUCGGUGAAGCGCGGCCUGUUCGUCUGUCGCCAUGGCGAGCGCAUGGACGUGGUGUUUGGGAAGCACUGGCUCUCGCAGUGCUUUGAUGUCAAAGGUCGAUAUGUUCGCUCAAACUUGAACAUGCCUGCCAGUCUGCCUCAGAGGAGUGGUGGGUUCCGGGAUUACGAUAAAGACGCCCCAAUCACAGUGUUCGGCUCCACGCAGGCCCGACUUGUGGGAGAGGCGCUGUUGGAGAGCAACACUGUAAUUGAAUAUGUGUACUGUUCCCCGUCAUUGCGCUGCGUCCAAACUGCACAUAACAUUCUGAGAGGUUUGCAGCAGGAGAACAGUCUGAAAAUCCGGGUGGAGCCGGGCUUGUUUGAGUGGACCAAGUGGGUCUCUGGGAACACUCUGCCAGCCUGGAUCUCUGUGGCAGAUCUCGCUGCUGCCAACUUCAGUGUGGAUACAACAUACAGACCUCAUAUACCAGUAAGCAAGCUAACGGUUUCCGAAGCCUACGAAACAUACAUCGGUAGAAGUUAUCAAGUUACCAAGGAAAUUCUGUUUGACUGCAAAAGCAAAGGUAACAACAUCCUGAUUGUUGCACACGCUUCAUCGCUGGAGGCCUGUACUAGGCAGCUUCAGGGACUGCCCCCUCAGAACUCCAAGGACUUUGUGCAGGUCGUUCGGAAGAUUCCGUACCUGGGUUUCUGUGCUAGCGAGGAGCUGGGAGACACUGGAGUCUGGCAGCUAGUGGACCCCCCUAUCCUGCCUCUCACCCACGGACCAAACCACACGUUCAACUGGAGGGAGACUCUGGUGCAGGACUGAGAGAGACACGCACACAAACAGAUUCAGCAUUUCAGCAUGAGCUUUUCAAACCCCCUCCCCCCUCUCUUUCCAUCUUCCAGAAAGCCUCCUAUUUGUGCAUUUACAGACAGAUCUGCAACAUUUACAUUUAUAAAUAUAAAUCUAUAUUCUAUGUAUCUAUAAGCCAAGCUGGUUUUCUGGUCCACAUGGUUUGAAGACUGGUCGUCCUGUCAUAGAAUGUGCUAAACAUGGAGUGGCCUGUCAUGCAGUUUAACUGAGAGGUGCUGCACCUUUUCAGAAAGCGGGAGCAAUCAUUGAAAGAGUGGGCCAUCCGUUUGCCCCCGAUCUACAUACACAUUGCAGGCGGUUUCAUACAAGCAUAGCUCCCCACCCCUUUUAUAUAACAGAAAAAAAGUUACUUCUACAUUUUAAAGUGAGAAAAGUACUUUUCUUCAAUCUCCUACAGAGCCCUGUUAAUUACAGACACUGUGAAGACUUUUUGGACAGCCCUUUAAACUCCACCCACUUAAGCGCUUUCACCGAUGCUGAUUGGGAGAUAGCUGCAGGGGUGGGGCCGCUGUUUUUGAUUGGUAGGCGGGCUGGAAACGGCAAUCAAAGGAAGGCUGGUGCCGUGGUGGCCAAUACGUGGUUCAAAGGUGGAUUACAAGACCUUUGGGGGAUCUCAGACAGUUUUUAUGCAAAAUAGUUUUAAACUUCAGAUUGCAUUAUAAAAUAUUCUGACCUAGAGGUAUAGCGUGCACAGUAGCGAGAGAGGACGCUGUGAAUUAAGGGAUUUUAUGCAAGUCAUUGGCAUCCAAACCAGUGCACUGCUUACCAAAAAAUUUGGUAUGCAAAAAGUAGAGGCCGUUUUUGGUCCUGCAUACAUGUUUGAGACUACAUUUUCACAGUGUAAAGUCUAAAAAGUUCAGAAAAAUGGUCAAAACAAAAGCAUGCUAAGGUUUGCACGAGUAAUCAUUAAUAUGCAGAACGUACUGAAGCCUCACUCAUUUCCUGUGACAUUUGUGUUUUGUUCUGCCGCUGUUAUAUUUCUUUGCCUAAUGCCACAUCAUAAUGAUUGGCUGAUAAACUUUUUGUACACUUAUUCACUUUAUUGCUGGCGGAUCACACCAAAAUGGAUUACUUGACGUAUUGACCACCACUGGGCUAGUGCUGUAAAACAUCUGGUUUUAAGAAUAAGGAUCUUGUGCAAAUGCUAGAGAGAACUAAGAAAAGGUUUUAUUGAAAGACUUGGUUGCCUUUCAUUUCUACCUGUAGUAAUUUUGCAUUCGUACAAUGUAAGUAAUAGAGAGUAGCAGAAGAGUUCUAUUGAAGAUUCAGCUGGGGUCUAGCAAAGAUUGUGUAGCAGCUACAAAUAUAUCACUCACCCAUCAGCUUUAUUUUAAAGUACUACGCUGUGAUCUGAUUUUAUUUAAUGAAUCUGAUGCUUGUAAAUGAUCCGCUUAAGAAAGAACAUGCUUUAUGCCUUAUUUAUUUAUUCAAAAUGCAUUCAGUGUCUUUAGACACAAAGUGCAAUGGCACAGCGCUCUGUCUGAUGAAGGUCAGUUUCACAGGUCCUGACCGGCACUUUUUCUUUUCUUGGACAAUCUUAUCUCCUGCUAAUCAGGUCAGUGAAACCAGCCGAUAACUACCCUAUUCACACUACCGGAGUAAUGCGCGACCGUCAUGUUUAUAACAGCUGUUUCUGUAUUUUUAUUCAUGUUUUCCAGUAACAUAUUCCUUUAAUGCACAAGCUGUACAUACUGUGAUUAAGAACAAAGAGCGGUGUUUAGGGAAAGUGUGUUUGAAAAAAAAAAAAGUGGACGUCUUACCGGCUUUUGAUGCCUCGGUAACUACACUCGCUUAUUUCAAUUUAAAUCUAUAAAUGUGCUAGUGAAGUAAUUUACUACACACUUAAUGAUCUAAUGAUUCCUUUCAACUGAAACCUUCAGGCAUAAACAAAAUAUGCAUGUCAUACUGAAUAGCCAACGAUAGAAUUGUACGAGUGUGACAAUAUUUUAUUUAUUAUUAUAUUUUUAUAUUCUAUAUUCUAUAUAUAUAUGCAUGAAAAUGUGAUUGGGAAUAAAGUGAACGGCAAUGACAAGAUGCAUUAUUCAAGUAGUGUGGGAAGGGUAUAACUCUCAGCUUCCAAUUCAAGCUAAAAGUGGGGGGGGGAGGGGGGGGGGGGGGUUGUAAAAUGUGAAAAGAGAAUCAUUAUUUGCGUCCGCUCAGUUUAAACUACUUUGGAGAAAGUCAUCUGAAUGUAUAUGUGGCUUGUCACACAAGCCUAUAGAUGCGCAUUGCACUGUAGUGUGAGAAUUGCUGUUAUUUGUUUUUUUUUAACAUGACAAUAAUAGAUACAAAAGAGCUCUAUUCUCCAAACUUUGAAGGGCUGUUAUUAGGAGAGUGUGCAGAAGCAUUCUUGUGGGUUGAACAGUGAUCUGAAACGAGAAUAAAAAUGACUGACUUGAUUUCAUUCAUCAAAAUGGGCUAUAAAAAAAAAAAUCCUUAGGAAAACAUUUCUUUAAAAACAAGUAUUGUUCAUUUUUAAUCGAUUGAAAGAAAAUCCUGAUUUUAUAUUCGAGUCUUGUAAAUCAUUGGUAAGCACUGCAGUCUUCUAGUGCCAGUAUAAGGUCAGAAAAUUAAUUUUAAAGCCUAGGUUAGCCUUCUUUAAUUGAUCACACUCCAAUGUUAUACCUAGUUACAAACUCCUGUCCUUCCAAACUAAACACUGAGUCAAAUCUUCUGGUCAUUUUUCAGACACGCUUACAAGUAGACCAGCUAGUGCUUUACGAUGUAUUGGAGUGAAUGAAGGCACUAGCCAAAAACACUGGUCUACUUAACUUGCAUUCUUAUAAAUUUGUAUCUUGCGGUCGAGAGUUGAAGUUAUUGGUGAAAAACGUACAGAAUUAAAUGAUCUGCUUAGCAUGAGAAAACAGCUGUGGAACGAAAAAUUAUAUAUAUAUAUAUAUAUAUAUAUAUAUAUAUAUAUAUAUAUAUAUAUAUAUAGUUCUAGUGUAUACCAAGUGUUUUGCAAGCCUUACUUUCAGAUGCACUUCCUCUGUAAUUGUCCCCACCCCUUCAUCGACUUCAUUAACCAACCAGCUGCUUUUCCUAAUGAUUGGCAUGCAGUGCAGCCAGUGACAUGCUUUAACCACCCGGGACUGCCUGAAAAGACAAGCAAACUGAAAACUUCCUUUAACUUGGAAUAGUACCAGAUAUGAAAAUGAGAAUCCCAUGGGUUCACAACUUCACACGCAUGACCUACAGUGUAUAGAAUGAAUGAGCACAGCAGGUCAUAUCUGUGGAAUUAUUUCAUUUUUGUAAUCCUUUUAAUGUUCAUCUCCGUGUGGAGUGCAAAAAAAACCCAACAAACUAUUUAUUUUAUUUUAUUUAGUAAUCCUUUUAAUGUUUACUUCAGUAUGGAGUGCAAAAAAAACAACAUUUCUUUGAUUUGAUUUUGGCGUUGUUUUCUGUGCUCUUAUAGGCUGUAGCUUCGAAUCCGCUCUACCCUACUGUUUUUGUCCUGUCCCUUGUAUUAAGAAGCCUGGUGCUAUGGUAACUGUAGGUCACAUGGUUCGUAUGGGCGCCGCAAUAUAUUUUUGCAUGCAUUGAUCAGAAACAACAAAAACAAGCUUACUAAAUCAAACUGAAAAAGCAGGCCUCUACUUGAAAAAAUUCAAUAAAGUCAUGUUCUUCUAAAAUGCUUUAUGUAUUUAAAUUAUUGUUUCAUUUUUUUAUGCAUUUAAAAUGUCUAAAGAAUGUGUAUUCUAUUUUAUUGCAAAUGAUCGAUUAGUUAUUUACUGCUUAUAAAUGAUGUUUGCAAAUAAAUGUUUUAUUGGCAAAAAGAUG